AUGCACCCUCCAUCCCCCCAGCUCCUCCGAGCCUUGCGCUCCUCUAUCGCGACCACCAACACGGCCAGAAUCUGCGCCAGCCUUUCACGACCAGCUCUUGCUCCCUCCCCAAUCACCCAGCUCCGUCGCAACAACAGCGACUAUGCCCGACCGACCCGCAUGAUUCCUCGCUCCCACUCCCAACGGCCAGCCAACCAUGACCGCGGCCCCGAGUCGAAGGAAGACACGCAGACCGACUUUGCCGCGCUCAAUGUCCUAGGGGACAUCCCGGCGCCGACCACAGCCGUGGACGCCUGUCUGGACAAUGGAUUCCACUUGAACAACGGACUCCGCGUACGAGGCGGCUCCGGGGUGCUGCUGGUCGGAGGCGAGGCGUUUGCAUGGAACCCGUGGAAGGUAACGGGCGGGAGCAAGGCCGACAUGAUGAAUCGGAAGGGGCAGUUUGAGGUCGAUGAGCAGGUUUGGGGGAUUUUGGGGCUGGUGUGGCCUCGUCCGGAUCUGCUUAUUCUGGGCACGGGCGCUUCCGUGCUUCCUCUUUCUCCUGAGACGAGAAGACAGAUCAAUUCCCUGGGUCUUCGUGUCGAGGUGGUGGAUACUAGGAAUGCCGCGGCGCAGUUCAAUCUGCUGGCUACGGAGCGCGGUGUGUCGGAGAUUGCGGCCGCUAUGAUUCCUAUCGGGUGGAAGGGGCGGUAG